CGUGCAUUCUUCAGCCCCACGUGGAAGGGUAAAUCUGCUGGCUUUGACUGUGUGGUUAAAGAUCAAACCCGGAAACGGAAAUGUAGAGCGGAGAGUUGUAUUUUGAACUCCCGUUGGGAAUAGAGAAGGGAGAGUAACGGGUGUGCGGUAAAAAUGUCUUCUACGUGUGACUUUGUUGUGCUCCACACUGGGCAGAAGAUGCCUCUUAUAGGACUGGGCACCUGGAAAAGUGAACCUGGCCAGGUGAAGGAGGCAGUGAAGUAUGCUCUCGGUGCAGGUUAUCGUCACGUUGACUGUGCUACAGUUUACAGCAAUGAAGCAGAGAUAGGUGAAGCCUUCCAGGAGAGCGUCGGGCCAGAUAAGCCUGUUAAGAGGGAGGAGCUAUUUGUGACAUCGAAACUAUGGAAUACCAAGCACCACCCAGAAGAUGUGGAGCCAGCUUUAAAGAAAUCUCUGAAAGAUCUGAAACUGGAUUACCUGGAUCUGUAUCUCAUGCACUGGCCACAUGCCUUCGAACGAGGAGAUACUCUUUUCCCAAAGAACCCUGAUGGCAUGAUGCGUUUUGACUACAUUGACUACAAGGAAACUUGGAAGGCUAUGGAGAAGCUGGUGGAGAAAGGUCUGGUGAAGGCCAUUGGACUGUCCAACUUCAACAGCCGUCAGAUUGAUGACAUCCUCAGCAUGGCUGCUAUCAAACCAGCUGUUCUACAGGUGGAGUGUCAUCCCUACCUUGCUCAGAAUGAGCUAAUAGCUCAUUGUAAUAAGCGAGGGCUGGUAGUGACGGCCUACAGUCCCCUGGGCUCUCCUGAUCGAAUGUGGAAGCACCCCGAUGAACCAGUACUUCUAGAAGAAUCUGGGAUCAAAAAACUGGCAGAAAAAUAUGGCAAAUCACCUGCUCAAAUCCUCCUCAGGUGGCAAGUGCAGCGUAAAGUGGUUACCAUUCCCAAGAGCGUCACUCCGGCCCGCAUUCUGCAAAAUCUCCAGGUGUUUGACUUUAAUCUCACAGGAGAAGAGAUGGAUCACAUUGGAAGCCUGAAUAAAAACUGGCGAUACAUUGUGCCAAUGGUUACUGUGAAUGGAAAACUAGUAGCAAGAGAUGCUGGACACCCCCUUUAUCCUUUCAAUGUCCCCUAUUAACUACAGUAAACUGGGUGUUAGAAUAGGACUCCGUGCACUCGUUCCCAAAGUAAAAAGAACAGGAGUACUUGUGGCCCCUUAGACUCUCAUAUAAAUUUGUUAGUCUCUAAGGGGCCACAAGUACUCCUGUUCUUUUUUGUGGAUACAGACUAACACGGCUGCUACUCUGAAACCUGUUCCUAACGUAGUUGUUGCCAUUGUUUAUCAAAAAUCUUUCCAAAUAAAAUCUGAUGUUCUAAA